AUGGAUGUAAGUGCAGAGGAGGGCCAACCCGGGAGGAGUAUGCCAAUACCGAGCCGUGCAAACGUCUACGCCGAGGUGAAUCAACAGAAACCUCGUGAGUAUUGGGACUAUGAAUGUCAUAUGAUAGAAUGGGGUAAUAUCGAUGAUUACCAGUUGAUCAGGAAAUUAGGACGUGGCAAGUAUAGUGAAGUUUUCGAAGGUGUCAGGUCACCUCUAGACGAAAAAUGUCCUGUCAAAAAGAAGAAAAUAAAGCGUGAAAUCAAGAUUUUGGAAAAUUUAAGAGGAGGAACAAAUAUCAUCACGCUGCUCGAUGUUGUAAAGGAUCCUAUUUCUAGAACUCCAGCACUUGUUUUCGAAUAUGUCAAUAAUACUGACUUCAAGCAGCUUUAUCAGACUUUGACCGACUACGAUAUCCGCUAUUAUUUGUACGAAUUGUUAAAAGCCCUUGACUACUGUCAUUCACAAGGCAUAAUGCAUCGUGAUGUCAAGCCACACAACGUUAUGAUUGAUCAUGAAAAGCGAACAUUAAGACUUAUUGAUUGGGGACUGGCUGAGUUUUACCAUCCGCGACAAGAAUAUAAUGUGCGUGUUGCAUCACGUUAUUUCAAAGGUCCCGAACUCCUAGUUGAUUAUCAGUGCUAUGAUUAUUCGUUAGAUAUGUGGAGUUUAGGCUGCAUGCUUGCAAGCAUGAUUUUUAGGAAAGAGCCAUUCUUUCAUGGUCAUGACAACUAUGAUCAGCUAGUACGAAUUGCAAAGGUUUUGGGCACUGAAGAACUGUUUGAAUACAUAGACAAAUAUCAGAUUGAUUUAGAUCCUCGAUUUAAUGAUAUUCUCGGCCGGCAUUCCAAAAAACGCUGGGAACGUUUCGUGCAUAGCGAAAAUCAGCAUCUGGUUUCUGCAGAAUCAGUAGAUUUUCUGGAUAAAUUACUUCGCUAUGAUCACCAGGAACGACUCACUGCAAAAGAAGCUAUGCAGCAUCCAUAUUUCUAUCCUGUUGUUGAAAAUGAACAGCGCAAUAAAGAUCUUGCUACAUCUGUUGCAAACUCUGGAACAGCGGGAAGUUUGAAUGCACCACUGGCAACUCCUCUAUUGAACAACAGUGGUACAAUAUCUUCACCUCCAGCUACCACGCAAUCGGCACAGUCUUGA